UGCAAUGACAAAGUGCAGCAUUUAAGUUGACUUUCAACGCAUCACAUUCCUCACUGUAACUAGUCUUUUGCUAGACGUGUUGAUUUCACUAAACAAUGAUUUGCUACUGUCCACGACUCGCAUAUUUUAGGAUACACCUACAAUGGCCUACGUCUCUGUAGUUUAGAGACUAAACAAACUUGUAUAAUUGAGAGAACAUGACAAUUUUUUUUUUGGCCAACGGACAAGACUUGUUCAGAAUACAUAACUAUCUAUCAUUUAAUGUGACCACUUACCACUAUCGUAGUCCUAUAGGCAAUAAAAGCUAGACAUGAAAUUUGAAAGGAUCCAACGUUAAGAAAAUCGUUGGUAGGACCCCGAUUCUCGUGAACAAGAAGCGCCACAGCCCACAAGCACAAGGAGCGUUUUGUUUAUUUUCUCUUCUAACGUUACAUCUUUUCCCUACAUAAUACAUUUUUCUGUCAAAUAAAAUACACAAAACCUCACAUUAUUUGUCAUCAAAUUUUCCAUUUUUCUUCUAUUUAAAUCCCAACUCAUUUAUUCUUACAACGUCAAAGAAGGUUUAUAUUCUUUUUUAGCAAAAAAAAAAAAAAAAGGCGUCUACUCUGAAAAAGCGAUGGAAUUUGAGUCUGAUGAUCAAGAACGGUUCUGUGCGACUCCUAAGCUUCCUCUAUUCUCGAUUCCUUUAAAUAGAGCAUCUGAUACUCCUGGCCUAGCGACACCGCCUGUGAACAUCGCCGGAUCAGUUCCAUUUCUAUGGGAGGAAGCUCCGGGAAAGCCUCGCGUUUCCGAUGAGAACAAACCUCCGGCGUUAAAGCAGAACGCCGGAGGAGGAGGGGGAAUUGUGAGGUGUCUUGAGCUUCCGCCGAGGCUGAUUUCGCCAGCCACGGCGGAUGAGCCAUCUCCAACCACAGUUCUUGAUGGCCCUUACGUUAUACCUCGCCGGUCUUUGUCAGUGAUAUGGAGAAGCGAAAAACAAUCCGAGUGUAGCUCCAACUCUUCACAUUCCACGAACGGUCGCUGCUGCGAUGGUGGCGGCACAACGGUGAAGAUAAGCAGAAUUAGAAGAAAAGGAAGCCUUGUGAACCUUUCUCACUCAAAAUCUGAUUUCUUGGCAAGGGUUUACAAAGGGUUUAAGCAAGUGAUUCCAUGGAGGCGUAGGCAAGAUAAUCUUCCAAGAAUGAGUUCUUCCAAUAUUUAGAAAGAAAUCUCUCCAUUUUCUUUGUAAUAUUCCUCUGUAUAUAAUAAUUUACAGACAUGAGAAAAUAAUUAUAGUAAUACUUCAUCUAUUUCAAUAUGUAAGCCCUGGUAAAGAUUUUUUUGUUUGUUUCACAAUAUAAGUUGUUUUUAAAUUCCAA